GGGGCGGGGCCUUUGGGGAACUCGGGGAGGGGCGGGCCUGCGGGGGCGGGGCUAACGUCCGCUUCUCGGGCCUUGGGGGCGGGCGGGAGUGGCGGUCCUGUCCCGGGCCUACGCGCACAGCCCGGGAGACUCUAAGGGGAGGGCACUCGGGCCGUGCGGGCGGCGUCCUGACUGGCGGCGCUAGGACCCCGUGGGGAGCGGCGGGGGCGGAGCGGGCGGCGCCAGGACCCGGGGGAACCGCGGCGGGCGGGCGGCGAGCAGGCCCGGGGGCCGGGAGGCUGCGGGCGGCGGCGCUGGGCCCGGCGCGGCGAGAGUCCCCGAGAUGCCGAGCAAGAAGAAGAAGUACAACGCCCGGUUCCCGCCGGCGCGGAUCAAGAAGAUCAUGCAGACGGACGAAGAGAUUGGGAAGGUGGCGGCGGCUGUGCCUGUCAUCAUCUCCCGGGCGCUCGAGCUAUUCCUGGAGUCGCUAUUGAAAAAGGCCUGCCAGGUGACCCAGUCCCGAAAUGCUAAGACCAUGACCACAUCCCACCUGAAGCAGUGCAUUGAGCUGGAGCAGCAGUUUGACUUCUUGAAGGAUUUGGUGGCUUCCGUCCCUGACAUGCAGGGGGAUGGGGAAGACAACCACGUGGAUGGGGACAAGGGUGCCCGCAGGUGGGGCACCAGGGCCAGUGUCCAGGUGGAGAAGGCCAAGGCCACUGGGGUUGGGGGUGGCUGGGGGGUGGCGAAGGAGGGGAGUGACCUCUGGACAGAUGGACUGUACCUUCCCGAAGGGGCCGGAAGUCGGGCAGCGGUGGUCGGAAGAACGGUGGGAUGGGAAGCAAAGGCAAGGACAAGAAGCUGUCGGGGACAGACUCGGAGCAGGAGGAUGAGUCUGAGGACACAGACACCGACGGGGAAGAGGAAACAGCGCAGGCUGCACCCCAGGCCAGCCACCCCCCUGCCCACUUUCAGAGCCCCCCGACACCCUUCAUGCCCUUUGCCUCAACUCUGCCUCUGCCCCCAGCGCCCCCGGGCCCCUCAGCACCUGAUGCAGAGGAUGAAGAAGAUUAUGACUCCUAGCGCCCUCUGCCCCCCAGGCCACACCCCCUUUUAGUUGGUUUUAGUUGCUCUGGGGGGAGGAGAGAAAAUAGAAUUGUUCUUAAAUUUAUUAAAAAAAUAAUAAUAAAAGGGAAUGCCAGUGUC